CUUUACCCUCCUUUGCCGCAUGGUAUGGUACCUUUCCAUGUUGAUCUUCAUCCUGGCUGGCAACGCAGCUGCAGCCCUUGCUGCUCCCACCUGGGACCUCGGCUGCCACGGUCAUGACGGCCUUGGAUCCACGGCCUCCCAUCUGCUGCAGCGAACCUCGCGGAUGCUGAGGAGCGCAAGCGCUCGGGAUGCCAUUUUGCAAGGCAAUGAAAUUUGGGGCUGUGGCAGUCUUCAGAUACCAGAGGUGCCCCCUCUGGUCGCUGCUCCGCUGAGAAAUAUCACUUGGCUACAUUUUCCGAAAGCCGGGACCAGCUUCCUUGCCACAAUCUGGAACUACGCCUGUAGUAGGAGGAUGGCCUUGGAUUUGGCUGUGAGCCCUAGAGCUGUACCUGGCUGUGAGCAAUGUUAUGAUGUGGCAUUGAUGGACCGAUAUCCUCCUGACGACUAUUGUGAGGAGGGUUUCCUGAGCCAGAACUUCUCCACCCAACAUCGACCUGUCACCAGCUCUGCGGUGCAGUCCGAUGAGCUGAAGGUCAUUGGGAUGUUCCGUCGACCCAGUCAGCGUCUCAUCUCUGCCUUCCACGAUAGCUGCCAUGCCUCUGGCUUGGCGGAGGAUCAAUACAAAGUGCUUAUGCAGGAGUGCGGCCCGAAUGGAAAGAAUUCAGCUGGAUGCUAUGCUCGUUUUCCAGGCAUUGCAGGCUGCAUGUCUCGGAUGCUCACCGGUGGAUUUUGCGCAGAGACGCAAUUUGCCGAGUCGUCCUUCGAUGGUGGGAAGGCUCACUUGGAAGAGGCCAUAGCUAUGGUGAAGGAGAUGGCAUUCGUUGGGCUGACGGAGUAUUGGGAUUUGUCUAUCUGCUUGUUUCAGCGCAUGUUUGGAGGGACAGUCAAUGCAGCACAGCUGGUAGAUUUUCAUGAGGGCGAUUCGCAUCAAGAUCAGCUUUAUGAUGAGACACAGCUGAUGGGUUUUGUGGAUGAGGUGGAUGAAGCCAUCUACCAGGCCGCAUCAGAUCGAUUCCACGAGCUGGUGCAG